CACAGUGCAUGCAGUUAGAAGGCAAUAUUAGGGUGCGGUUAUACAUCAACGACUGUCUUUCAUUUUCAUUUUGCAGAGCUGCCGUGUACUAUACCCCACAUUUCGUUCGAAGGCCUAAACAAGAUUGAUCGAAAGUGAACGUUUUUAAUUAUCAAAAUGAAGGGACCAAUGUACACCAUGCUAGUCUUGGGUCUUGUAGGCCUUGCGGCAUCUCUACAGUGUUAUGAUUGCGAGUACAACAAUUAUGCCUAUUCGGGCAACUCGUGUGAGGCUCCUGAUCCGACUGCCAAGAAGUCGACAUGCAAUGGCGAGUGCCAGAAAGUACACAUUGAAGGUAGCGGAAUGGUGAGCAUCACCCGUUCGUGUUCACAGUAUUGCUACGCCAUCGACUGUGUCGAAUCGAACGGCGCCAAAGUCUGCACCACAUGCUGCAACUCUGAUCUGUGCAACAGCGCAGGCUCAGUGACCUUUAACCUCAUUGCUAUGGUCGGCCUGAUCGCCACUGCAUGGGGGCUGUCCAAAUAAAUGGCUACCGUAACAUUUUAUAGAGCCGAUUAAGCACAGAACUAUGGCUAAGCACACAACAAAGGUGUAGUAACUGGUUACAGGUUACCAGCUAAACUGCCAUGUCACAUGUACAAAUUGUGACCGGUAUCCCACUCAUUUCUGCUUAGCAGAAUAUUGUUGAGCAUUGUUUCUGCUUAAAAAGUGCCUCUAUGAAAUUGGGACCUGAUAAAGCAGGAAAAAAUAACAUUAACUUUGGUUUUGGAAUUAUUCCCGAGUGGUAAAAUUGAUACAUGUCCUGAUGUACACGUAAUUGCUUUCACACAUUACUCGGAAAAGUACUAUAAGACACGGUGUAAAGGCCGAGUUAACGUCGGUCGCGCGAUGGUCGGGCGUCGGAAAUCUGGACGCGCGAUCAUAAAAAGACACGGUUUUGAGGCCUCAGUCUU